AAAGAUGACAAACACGUGAAAGCUAUGGCACUCAGUAAAAAUAAUGUUAGCAGAAGAAUAGACGAAAUGACUGAAGAUAUUGAGAUACAACUUGUUGAAAAGCUUAAAACAAGAAAAUUUUCAGUGCAAAUGGAUGAAUCAACUUUGGGAGACGGUGAGACUGUAUUGAUAACUUACGUAAGAUAA